GUUCUCCUAAAUAAAGAUCUCCAAUGUGUAACUAGCCCCAAACAUGCUUUUAAUGUGAUACAGAAGUGUUGUGGAUUGCCAUUCGAAGCGGAGGGUAUAGGUUUGGGGGUAAACGUGACGAGAAUUGUUAUAGGCAUGUACGGUUAUAGGUACACCAUUUUGACAGGUAGACAAAGGUAGCAUAGUGGAGAGACGUAGGCUACCGGUCAAUGACAUCUUGUGAGAUACGAGAAUCCUUUGCUAUCGACGUUGGCACCAUUCCUAAUCCUAACCUAUUCAUGACUGGUCUGAUGAUUAAUGGAUUUAGAUACAGGAGUCUUAUUAAGACUAUUGAAGAAGAAGAGCCAUUAUUUGAUGGUGCUAUAUUAAGAAAGUUGGACUUCAGCAGUACAAAUGCAAAAUUUAACCCAAAGAUAUCCCCAGAACACCCUGGAGAAAAUCUUAUUAUGCGACCUCUAUGUCCAGCAGAUUAUGCUAGAGGUUUUGUAGAGUUGCUCAGGCAACUAACUAAAGUUGGUGACGUUAGCCAAGAGGAUUUCAUAGCGAGGUACAAAUCGAUGAAGGCCUGUCCUGACACGUACUAUCUCGUCGUGAUCGUUGACGUGAACGUCGACCGUGUUGUAGGCGCUGCGACCAUGGCGAUUGAGAACAAGUUCAUUCACAGAUGUGCAACAAGGGGUCGCAUUGAAGAUGUGGUUGUGUGUAACGAAAUGAGAGGAAAACAGCUGGGAAAACUGUUGGUUGAGACGAUGCUGAAACUGAGUGAGUAUAUAGGGUGCUACAAGACAACAUUGGAUUGCAAAGAUGCAAUGAUCCCCUUCUAUCAGCAACUGGGACUUCACCCGGAACCGGGAAACAACUUUAUGGUGAAGCGUUUUCAUGAAUGAGUGACAAUCACCAGCCUAAAUAUGCACAUUGCAUUGCAGCAGUUUACUUCUAAGAGUUAAAAUGCAUUGAGAUGUUACCAGUCUAUUGGCAAGAGUCAUAACUCGGGAUAGUCCUGUCUCCAAAAAGUGAUAUACUGGCAUCAAACCAACGAAGCACGUGAUAUUUGAUGUUCAUAGUUAUAGGAACUGCUGCAAACCCUUUGGCAAAUAUGACUGCAAGUUAUGUCAAUGAACAUAUUUUUGUAUUUGUGAAGAAAUGCGGGCCAAGUUAAGGUUGUGAUAGACUACAAUUGGGUAGGACUUGAAUUGGCUGGACUGCUACAGCUCAAUAAGUUGGUAUGCUAUUAUCUUCAAUUCGUUGCUUCUCUCAAACAUGUAGUUAUUUCUUAAGAAAUCCCUGAUCAACGGUGAUUUCUGCAUUUAUUCAUAGACUGAAUUUUAUAUGAAUCCAUAGUACUCUCACAGUCAGUUAUUACAAAUAAAGUUAAAAUGUGAAUAUGCUAGUUAAAUUUUCAGUCAUGCUCAUAUUCACAUAAUGAGAUGCUAAUAAAGUUUAUCUCAGUUAGAUCCAAAUUAAGUUAAAAAUUAUUUAUUAAGUUAAUUAUUUUCGUCUAUGUCUCCGGAUAGACUUCCUCAGGUCUGAUGUUUCCAGGUAGAUGGCAGCACUGGAAACAGAAGUUUGAACCUGGUCACUUGGGGGGGGGGGACAGUCUGCGGUCCUCUCGAGCAGGUGCAGUUCUGAGGAUGUUGUCAUAUAUGUGGGAUAGGUGGUACGACCCCUCAUCUCUAAUCAUUGUAGCUGCAAAUAUAUAUUGCUUCUCUGAUCUGUCUGCGCCUCAGAAACGAUUCUUUUGACACCACAGUGGCCUCUUUCCAGUUCGGCAGAUGGUUUUGGUUGACCAUGUGGUCUGUUAUGGCUGACUUAUGCUGUUGUCCUGAAGUGGACGCACGAGCCGCAGGUGUGCUGGUUCCUUUUGUAUGAGUGGUGACAUCAGUCAUGUGUUCUUUUAGACAUGUUCGAAAUUUCCUGCCUGUUUCCCCAAUGUACACGCUAUCACAAUUCGAGCAAGCGAUACGGUACACACAGCCUGUUGUAUUUUUGUUUUCAAUUUUGUCUUUUGGAUGUACUAGGAUAAUCCUGGUGGUCUUAUGGGGUUUAAAU